GUUGUUUUAUAACCUAUGAUUUUUUCAAUAAUCUAAAGCUAAGGUGUGAAUGCAUACAUAGAUUAGGAUUUAGGACAAAAGACAGAGACAUGAAUGUGACAAAUAAGCCAAACCCAGAUGGUUCCACCAAUGGGUUUCAGUCUCAGCUUCAACAGCAACACAGUAAUUCUUGGGAGGGAUCAUCUACACAUCCACCCACUAAGCCUUAUCCUGCACCAACGGCUAGCUACCAGGACAUUGUUCGUGAUGAAAACCUCUUCUGGGAAAAGCUCCAAGCUUUUCAUCAAUCACUUGGUACCAAAUUUAAGGUUGUUAUUGUGGGAGGAAAGUCACUGGAUCUACAUCGCCUUUUUGUGGAAGUUACAUCUCGGGGUGGGAUUGAAAAGGUGAUUAUUGAUCGUAAGUGGAAGGAAGUGAUUCUGGCCUUCAAUUUCAAAGAUACCAUAACGAGUGCAUCAUUUGUGGUGCGAAAAUCCUAUCUAUCCAUGCUUUAUCACUUUGAGCAAGUGUAUUAUUUUGGGAGGCAAGGCUUUCCUCCCCAAACACCUGAUAUUAUGAUUAGAGGCCAACCAGGCCUUUCCAAUGGCUCCACAACCAUUCUCGAGGUUACUGAUGUGAAUGAUUCACCUGUUCAGGUUACUCCAGUUCAGGGAUAUGAUGCGGUGCUUUCUGGAACAAUUGAUGUGAAAUUUGACGGUGGAUACGUAGUCACAGUGACUGUGGGUUCUGAGGAGCUGAAGGUGUCCUGUUUCAUGUUCCAGAUAACAUGUCCCAGAGUUCUCAUACGGAAGGCAAUCCUAGCUCACAGAAUCAUGGUGAAGGCACAUCUGGGUCACAGAGUCGAAAGAGAGCAAAAUAUACACCACGUGAUCCAUUCCGGCCGAAGUCAAACAGGAGCGGUUACAACUUUUUCUUUGCUGAGAAUUAUGCCAUGCUGAAGCCCUCUUAUCACGGGCAAGAGAGAGCUAUUAGUAAGAGGAUUGGGUUUCUGUGGAACAAUCUGUCAGAAGCAGAAAGACAGGUACAGAAGAACUCCGUUUU